AAGGAACUAAAACGAACAGUGCCAGCAGGACUUGGCCUUUCCGAAACUCGAAUCACACAUGUAUUUGAUGGCAGUAAAGAAGGAAUCAUCGAAGCCACACCUUAUCAGGGUUCCUUCUCCACACCCAGGUCUCCAGUAAUUUCCCCUAGCAGCACAGCAGCUAGCAGACUGGCUGGACAAGGAGAUGAUUUAAUUGCUCCGUCAGGUGAUAUACAAAGAGCAGAACAGAGAAGUGGCCCUGUUGUCCUUUCAGAGGAACCAAGAAGUACAGCUAUUGAAAAAUUUGAGCUUGUAAGAAGAUGGAGUUUGAACACCUACAAGUGUACACGCCAGAUCAUCUCCGAGAGGCUAGGUCGUGGCUCAAGAACUGUAGAUCUGGAACUAGAAGCACAAAUAGAAAUCCUGAGAGACAAUAAAAAGAAGUAUGAAUAUGUACUGAAACUGGCACAGACGCUCUCCUCACAGCUUUAUCAGAUGGUGCAGACCCAGAGGCAGCUAGGAGAUGCCUUCGCUGACCUUAGUUUAAAGUCUCUGGAGUUGCACGAAGAAUUUGGAUACAAUGCAGAUACUCAGAAGCUCCUUGCCAAGAAUGGAGAAACACUACUUGGGGCCAUCAAUUUUUUUAUUUCAAGUGUAAAUACACUAGUGAACAAGACAAUUGAGGACACACUGAUUACUGUGAAGCAGUAUGAAACAGCCAGGUAA